AUGUUCUCCCGCGAGUCGUCAGAAGAGAAGACUGCUGGCCCCGAGCCAGAAAAGCAUGUUACUCCUGUCACCUCUGCACAAAAAAGAUUGGAACUGGGGAACAUCACAGAGGACCCAGUUGAAGCCUCUGUUUUGUUCACCCUGGACAAUCCAUACCAUCCUUUCAACUGGCCUGUCUGGCAGAAGUACCUUAUCACCAUCAUAUACUGCACCCUGCAAACGUACGUGACUUUGACCUCGACAAGUUACGUUGCUAUUGAGUUUUUGGUGCAGGAAAGAUUUGGUGUCAGCACACAAGUUUCUGCCCUGGGCCAAUCGAUGUUCAUUUUGGGCACUGCCAUAGGACCAGCAUUUCUGGGUCCACUUUCAGAUAUUGGAGGUAGAAAAUGGGUUUAUGUGUUUUCGACCCUUCUUUAUGUUAUCUUCAACUUUGGCUGUGCUUAUCCUAGAAACAUGCCAAUGCUUGCCAUUUUCAUGUUUAUCAUUGGACUUUGCGGCUCCACUGCUCUGUCCAACGUUGCUGGUACCAUUGGAGAUCUGUUUGGAAACUCGGAUAUGGCCUCCCAACCAAUGGCGCUGUUUGUUUUCUCUGCCAACACCGGUCCAUCCAUUGGAGGUGUUGUUGGAGAAGCCAUCGGUGAAAAUACAAGCUUGGGAUACAAAUGGGUGUUCCUUAUCAACAUCAUCAUUGGCGCUGCCUUUUUUGUUGGCUUGAUGUUUGUUCCAGAAACGUUGCCAAGAAUUGUGAUUCCAGAAAGAAUGGCUGUUGAAGGUAAAGACGUGCCGCCUGUCAUCAUCAGAGAGCUCAAAUACUUCUUCAACUCACUGACUGGCAAGGAACAAGAUUUCCUGAACGAAGUUACCGAUCCAAAGGAUCCAAAUACCACCAUCGUGGUUGAAAAGGUCAGCGCAAUCAAUGAGAUAAAGUUCGUGUUUGUCAUGGCCUUGAAAAUGAUGGUCACCGAGCCUAUCAUCAUCUUCCUUGGUCUAUUCAACGGUUUUGCCUAUGGUUUGCUUUUCCUGUACCUGGAUGGUAUCUUCACCGUUUUCGUCUACAACAACAAUCUGUCAUACAUGGGAGCUGAGGUGACUUACCUGAACUUCGUUGUGGGUGCUGCUUGCGUGGUUUGUCUUGUGCCAAUCCAGACAUGGCUAUUUAGCCGUGACAGAAAGAAGAACGGCGGUGUUCCGAGACCAGAAGCCAGAUUCUUGAUUUCUCUGGUCACUGUUUGGGGAUUCCCGAUUUCGCUCUUUUGGUUCGCCUUCACCUGUGAUGGAAGCGUCAACUACUGGUCGCCCAUCGUGGCUGGAUUUGUUCUGGCCAUCGCCGAUCCAUUGUUGUGGCUCGCUAUGUUGAACUAUAUCAUCGACAGUUACUCGGAGGCAGGGUUGAGCAACUCUGGUAUUGCUGCAUUCACCAUUCCUUCAUUCUCCAUUGCUGCUGCUUUGGCUCACGCUGGUAUUGCCAUGUUUGAGGAUAUGUCUGCACAAUGGGCUAUGGCUACUUUGGCCUUCAUUUCUCUGCUGGUGGUGGUGCUGGUCUACGUCUUCUACUUCUUUGGAGCUAGACUCAGAGCUUCUUCGAAACUCGCGAGAAUUAGCGGAGUCAAAGCUUCGGAUUAG